AUGUCCAACGUCGACACCUCCAUCCAGCCCCACACCACAGGGGCCGCCGCGGAGUUGGCAGAAGCCCACAAGGCGGACCACCCGCUCAAGCUCUACGGCGGCUGGUUCUGCCCCUUUGUGCAGCGUGCCUGGAUCGUCCUCGUCGAGAAGUCCAUCCCGCACCAGUACAUCGAGAUCAACCCGUACAACAAGGACCCGUCCUUCCUAGCCCUGAAUCCGCGCGGCCUAGUCCCGACCCUAGCCGUACAGGUCGGGACCGGCGCGGGGGCGCUCAAGCCCCUCUACGAGAGCACCGUGAUCUGCGAGUACCUGGACGAGGCCUACCCAGACUCGGGCCCGGGCCCGCGCCUCUUUCCCGCGGACCCGUACGAGCGCGCCCGCUGCCGCCUGUGGAUCGACCACGUCGCGUCGCGCGUCGUGCCGGCCUUCUACAGGCUGCUGCAGCACACGCCCUACAAGGCGUACGGCGUCGGGGAGGCGCGCGAGCAGCUGCACGGCCACCUCAAGGCGUUUGCGCGCGAGAUGGGGGGCGCCGGGCCCUGGUUCCUCGGGGAGAGGUUCAGUCUCGUCGACGUGGCGCUGGCGCCCUGGGCGAAGAGGCUGUUCCUGAUUGACCAUUAUAAGCCUGGCGGCGUGGGCAUUCCGGCCAGGGGGCAGAGGGGUGGGGAUGAGGAUGUCUGGGCGAGGUGGGAAACGUGGUUCGAGGCCGUUGUGCAGAGGGAGAGUAUUCGGCAGACGUGGAGCGACGAGGAGCAGUAUAUCGCGGUGUAUAAGAGAUACGCCGAGGACACCACGCAAUCCGAGGUCGGGAAGGCUACGAGGGAGGGAGGACAACUGGUUCAUCGCAAGAGCCAGGCGACGCCAAGGAGUAUUCGCAAAGAAUAA